AAUGGACAGGAGAAGGAGGAAGAUGAAGUUGGGAAUUUGCAGCUGGCGUGGGAGAUGCUGGAGGUUGCUAAAGUAAUCUACAAAAGGAAGGAAGGCAAAGACGACCAGCUGAUGGCAGCCCAGGCAUAUCUGAAACUCGGAGAAGUCAGUGCUGAAUCCGGUAACUAUCCCCAGGCGCUAGAAGACUUCCAGCAGUGUCUGGCCCUGCAGCUCAAGCACUUGCCUCCCCACAGUCGCCUGCUGGCUGAGACCCACUACCAUGUGGCCACUACACUCUGCUACAUGGAUCAGUACAACCAGGCCAUCCAGCACUACAACAGCUCCAUAACAGUCAUUGAGGCCCGCCUGGCCAUGUUGCAGGAGGCGAUUGGGGCUGCGGAAGAGAAGAAUGAGAUGGAAGAGCUGAAGCAGCUUCUUCCUGACAUCAGGGAGAAGGUUGAGGAUGCCAAGGAAAGCCAGAGAACAGCUAGCGCUGCCUCCCAGGCCAUCCAGCAGACACUAGGCGGAGCCUCAACCUCCUCAGCAUUCCUAUGUGAAAAUGGCAGCCCUUCUUCAGCAUUUGCCUCAGCCAGCCAGAUCCCAGUUAAGUCGUGUGGUGGUGCCUCUCCUUCCAAAGCGGUCUCCAACAUCUCCCACCUCGUCAGGAAAAAGAGGAAACCAGAGGAGGAGAGCCCAGUAAAGGACACUGAUGCUAAACAAGCGAAACAGGAAGCCACAGUUAAUGGCGCUGACUCUAGUGCCAGCAAUGGAGUCCAGGAGGGAAAAUCACAGGAGCCGGCCUCUGGCGGGUCUUCAGCGUGACCAUCCUCGUCGCUUUCCCGAUCUUCGAAACCAGCACAGCAUGCCUAUCCAGCCCAACCGCCCUUCAACACUUUACUUUUUGUAAAUAAGAUCAUUUUCAUAGAUUUUUGUCUGUCCAGUUUUGUAUACUUGUAGUAAAAAAAAAAAUUGAUAAAUAAAAAUUGCAAAUGCAA